GUUUAAAGCCUAUUGGCAGCUCGAUGCUACUGCACAUAUUGCAGCUACCAAUUCUGUUAAUUGAAGAAGCAAGCGUGGUGGAAAAGGUGAAGCAGUACACAAUGGUGGUGCUAAGACACGAGAGGAACGUGAGAUAGAAAUGACUGCUGAAAGGGGUGGUGUGCCACCAGAUUGGUUAGAAUUGAUGAGGGAUAUGCACACCAAUAAACAAACCGGUGAGGUGCAAGAUCCUGUUGCGAGAGAGCUGUUGGCAACUCUGAGUAAGCUGAAGGAGGAAAAAGAAGCACAACUUCAGCAGUCUCAUCAGUUGUCUGCGAAUGAUGGAUCUACAGCUUCUAACAUGCUGUCCCGCGAAGAGAUCAACCAACUGGUUCUCGAGAAUGUUCCUAUUAAGAAGGGUCGUCGGUAUGGUAUCGUUCGUACCUCUGAAGCUAUCUCAACCUCAUCAUCUCAGCUCUCUGUUUCUUCCUCGAGUAUUGUUCAAUACAUGGAGCGGAUGAAGAAGAGCUUGAUGAAGAGCGGUCAU